AGGAUAAUUAAUGUAGCAGGUUGGGAGGAAUACGUUAAGGUUAGGAAAUCGGUUAGGGUUAGCUAGAAUGCACCAAAACAACUUUUGACGUCAAUUCGACAAAAGCAAUAUACAAUGGUUGGUUCCACCCCCACGUGUAAUACUGUUUCGUCAGACGCUCCCUACACUGUAGGCUGGACAAUUGAAAGAGUCAAAAUUCACCCAAGCCAGUGACGUUUCUGAAUUUGUGAAUAAAUACUCGAGCGCCACGAAGGAAAGAUCGUGAAUGCAUGACAUGAACUGAUUGAGGAGAAGUUGCUGGAGGACACGAUAAAUUCAUUAAUAAAAGCCACAUAAUUUAGCUACCUACCGCAUUAUUUUAUUUGCCAAACGAAGAACACUAACAAUGAUGAACGGACAAAUUAACGGUUUUCAUAACUCCCUUAUUGACGAGGACUGCUUCCUAUUCACAUCGGAGUCGGUAGGAGAAGGACACCCUGAUAAGAUUUGCGACCAAAUCAGUGAUGCAGUGCUUGAUGCCCAUCUCAAACAGGAUCCUGAUGCCAAAGUUGCUUGUGAGACUGUUGCUAAGACUGGGAUGAUCCUGCUGGCAGGUGAGGUGACAUCGCGUGCUACAGUGGACUAUCAGAAGGUUGUUCGUGACACCAUCCGCCACAUUGGAUACGAUGACUCCUCCAAAGGUUUUGACUAUAAGACCUGCAAUGUGCUGGUGGCCCUAGAGCAGCAAUCUCCAGACAUUGCCCAGGGUGUUCACAUUGACCGUAAUGAGGAGGACAUAGGGGCAGGGGACCAGGGCCUGAUGUUUGGUUAUGCUACUGAUGAGACUGAGGAGUGCAUGCCCCUCACUAUUAUGCUCGCUCACAAGCUCAAUGCUAAAAUGGCUGAACUGCGUCGCAAUGGCACCCUGCCCUGGCUCCGGCCUGACUCCAAGACCCAGGUGACAGUUCAGUACCGCCAGGACCGUGGCGCCAUGCUGCCAGUGCGUGUCCACACCAUUGUGGUCUCUGUGCAGCAUGAUGAGGACAUCUGCCUGGAUGAGAUGCGUGAUGCUCUGAAGGAGAAGGUCGUCAAGGCUGUGGUGCCCUGCAUUUACCUGGAUGAUGACACCAUCUAUCACAUGCAGCCCAGUGGACGCUUUGUCAUCGGAGGCCCACAGGGUGACGCUGGCCUGACGGGCCGUAAGAUCAUUGUUGACACUUAUGGAGGCUGGGGAGCCCAUGGUGGAGGAGCCUUCUCAGGGAAGGACUACACUAAGGUGGACCGCUCUGCUGCCUAUGCUGCCCGCUGGGUGGCCAAGUCUCUGGUUAAGGCAGAGCUGUGCAAGAGGGUCCUGGUUCAGGUUGCUUAUGCCAUCGGAGUGGCACACCCCCUCUCAAUCUCCAUUUUCCACUAUGGCACAUCCCAGAAGAGUGAGCGGGAGCUGCUGGACAUCGUCAAGAAGAACUUUGACCUUCGUCCUGGUGUCAUUGUCAGGGAGCUGGAGCUGAAGAAGCCAAUGUAUCAGAGGACUGCUGCCUAUGGCCACUUUGGCCGGGAAUCCUUCCCAUGGGAGGUGCCCAAAAAGCUCAAAUACUAAACCUGUCAAGCUUUUCCCCCCAGGCCUGUUGGUGUAUACUACAGAGAAGCCUGCAUGGUCUUGGGGUGAAAGGCCCUUUAAACCCCCUUCCCUCUUAAUGGCAUAUUAAAACCUGAUCUACCCCUCCACCUUCCCUCAAAAUGCACCCUAACC